AUGAUCAAGCAAGUCCGCCCCUCAACUGUGGCUCGCCCCAUUGGCUCUGCCAUCAAGUCUACCGUCGGUGCUGCCGUCUCCGGCUCUAGAUCCCUCGCUUCUGUCGCUGAGACUUACUACCCUGAAGAGCCCGUUGCUCCCAAGAUUGUCUCUGCCACCGUCCCUGGCCCUGAAAACGCUAAGGCCAUUGAGAAGCUCACCAAGGUCUUUGACACUCGUGCUGCCUACUUUGUCGCUGACUACUACAAGUCUCUCGGAAACUACAUUGUCGACGUUGAUGGCAAUGAGCUCCUUGACCUUUAUGCCCAGAUUUCUUCUAUUGCUCUCGGCUACAACAACCCCGCCGUUCUCAAGGCUGCCACUUCCCCUGAAAUGGCCAUUUCCCUUGCCAACAGACCCGCUCUCGGUAACUUCCCCUCUAGCGACUAUGCUGAGAUUCUCGCUGACGGUAUUCUUGCCGCUGCCCCUCCUGGCCUCGACAAGGUCUGGACCGACCUUUCUGGCUCUGGCGCCAAUGAAACCGCUUUCAAGGCUGCCUUUAUGUACAAGCGUGCUCAGGAACGUGGCUUUGAUGCUGACUUCUCUUCUGAAGAGCUCGAGUCCUGCAUGGUCAACUCCAAGCCUGGUUGCCCUGAUCUCUCUAUUCUUUCCUUUGAGACUGCUUUCCACGGCCGUCUCUUUGGCUCUCUCUCUACUACCCGCUCAAAGCCUAUCCACAAGCUCGAUAUCCCCUCGUUCAACUGGCCCAAGGCUCCCUUCCCAGUCCUCAAGUACCCCCUUGACAAGUACGCUGAGGAGAACCGUGCUGAGGAAGACCGCUGCCUUGCUGAGGUUGAGCGCCUCAUUAAGACUUGGCCCAACCCCGUUGCUGCCGUUAUUAUCGAGCCCAUCCAAUCUGAGGGUGGUGAUAACCACACCUCUCCCUACUUUGGCCAGGGUCUCCGUGACUUGACCAAGAAGCUCAAUGUUCUCUUCAUUGUCGAUGAAGUCCAGACUGGUGUUGGUGCCACUGGUAAGUUCUGGGCCCACGAGUACUGGAACUUGACUGAUGCUCCCGAUAUCGUCACCUUCUCUAAGAAGUUCCAGGCUGCUGGUUACUACUUUUCUGAGCCCAAGAUUGUUCCCAACCUUCCUUACCGUCAGUUCAACACUUGGUGCGGUGACCCAUCCAAGGCCAUCAUUGCCCGUGCCAUCUACAAGGAGAUUGUUGCCAACGACCUUGUUGCCCGCACUGCCCAGGUCGGUGAGUACCUCAUUGGCAAGCUCGAGGCUCUUUCCACCAAGUUCCCCACCAAGAUUCAGAACCUCCGUGGUAAGGGUACCUUCAUUGCCUGGGACAUGGAGUCCCCUGAGGUCCGCGACUCUUUCCUCAAGGCUUUGAGAACUAACGGUGUCAACUGCGGUGGCUGUGGCCCCAAGUCUGUUCGUCUGCGCCCUGCUCUUGUCUUUGAAGAAAAGCACGCUGACAUUUUUGUCGAUGUUGUUGAGAAGGUUUUCCAACUGUAA